GUCACUUUAAUUACAAACAUACACCGAACUAGACACCAAACAGAACUCGAUUCAUUAAUUAGCCGCCAGGAUGGACAAGAUUAUGGUUUGCAUCAUAGGGUCGGGCAACUGGGCCACCACCAUUGCCCGCAAUGUGGGCAGGAACGUGGCCAACUCCUCGAUUCUGGACGAGAAGGUAUUCAUGUACGUGUACGAAGAAAUUGUCGAGGGCCGGAAGCUCACGGAGACCAUCAACACCACCCACAUAAACGUCAAGUACAUGCCGAACUUCGAGCUGCCGCCAAACAUUGUGGCCGUGGACGACAUUGUGACAACGGCCAGGGACGCGGACAUUAUAAUCUUUGCCAUUCCGCCCACCUUUGUCAGCAGUUGCUGCAAGACCCUGCUCGGAAAGGUCAAGCCCACGGCCCACGCCGUGUCUCUCAUCAAAGGAUUCGAGCGCGGCGACGACGGUCAGUUCAUCCUGAUCUCCCAGAUAAUCAUGAGGCAGUUGAAGAUCCCCUGUUCGGUUCUCGUAGGCUGCAACCUGGCCCAUGAAAUAGCCAACGACCACUUCGCCGAGGGAACUGUGGGCUGUCGGGAUCAAAAGUACUUCCGAGUGCUGCACGACAUCUUCAGGUCGCCAACUUUCCGGGUGGUGGUCACUGAAGAUGCGGAUUGUGUGGAGAUAUGCUCCACUCUGAGGAAUAUCAUAGCCUUUGCCGCUGGCUGCUCCGACGGGAUGCAACUCAACGAGAACACCAAGGCCGGCAUCAUUCGACGCGGCUUCCUUGAAAUGCUUCAGUUUGUGGACGUCUUUUAUCCGGGCUGCCGUAUGGGCACUUUUUUCGAGGCCUGUGGCAUUUCGGACUUGGUCACUAGCUGUUAUGCAAACCGCAACCGCAAGCUGGCCGAGGCAUUUGUCAAAACAGGGAAGCCCCUCAGCGAGCUGGAGCACAUUCUUAUACCAGGACACGAGCCCUUGGGACCUGUCACAGCCGAGCUGGUGCAUCACAUGCUCAAGAAAAAGGGCCUGGAGGACAAAUUUCCGCUGUUCACAACCGUUUACAAGAUCUGUACUGGAGACUAUCCGCUAAGCCGGCUGGUGGAGUGCCUGAUCAAGGCCCGGGAGGACAUCUUCCAUCCGCUCCACACCUUCCAGCUCUGAAGUUUCUUCCUUUUGCGUUAUAAGUGUAAUGAGCAUUAAAUAAACCAUAUUCAGAUUCUAAAACAUAA